UAAGAAAGUUUUUUUUUCCUUCCUUUGCUGCUUGAUAGAACGGCCCAUCCACUCUACUCGACUGCAAGCUCAGAAAAGCCCCCGGCCAGACGGCUACUCCGAGCAUCCAAUAUGCAAUACGUAGGCCGCUUCGUCUCCUCGGUGUACAACACCAUCACCCCCAACAUCAACCCCGCCACACUCAGCGGAGCCAUCGAUGUCAUCGUCGUCGAGCGCGAGGUGGAAGUCGAGGAGGACGAUCCACAGGAUGAUACUCAAGACGGGACGGCUCUGUCAGAAGGGGGAGAAAAGAGGGAGAAACGGAAAAGGAAGAGAUGGACGACGGAACUUGCUAGUACGCCCUUUCAUGUUAGAUUUGGAAAGAUGAGCGUACUACGGCCAGGGGAGAGAAAGGUCACCUUGCAUCUGAAUAACUCGACCGAGCCAUUGCCCUUUGCUAUGAAAGUCGGAGAGCAAGGAGAAGCAUUCUUCGUGGUCGAAAUCGACGAGGAGGAGAAUGCCAUUCCCGAUGAUCUAGUCACAAGUCCCAUCUUGAGCGCAAGCGCAAGCCCGUUGGCUUCCCCGGGCCUGGAAGGUGCAGAUGCCCCCGGUGGUUCUGGACAGGCAGCCGGCAUCAGUAGUGAUAAUGGCAUUGGUAGCAAUUACGUAGAGCCUCUUGAUCUCGACGAUUCGCGCACUGCCACGGCUGCCGCUGUUGGUGCUGGUGGCAGCGCUUCCCCAGCACUUGACCUCGAGGAAGCUCAGGAGAGCGAUGCCGAUGCCAGAAGUGCCGCAAUGACCGUAGCUACCAAUACCACGGACGAUACGGGCAUCACGAGCCCGAACAGCAGUCGAAGCCCUUCGACAGACAAAGAGGGCCUAGCAGAGUACAAGCCCAGUGGUCGGCCGGACUCGCCUGAUCUGGACGUGCCAAGCGACUCCGGACUGAACGGCUCUGGUCCCGCGGCAGGCUCCUCAAGUCUUCUGGGUCACCUUGGACAUGCUGCCUCCAGGGCUGGUGGGGCAAUUGGCGCUGCUAGUAGAGCAGUUGGUGUCAGCGCUUCGGCAAAUCCGCGCUUGGACAAGCUAGCUCGCCGAUCUUCAAGGCGGAGCCUUGGCGGAGAAACAGGUGCGCCCGUCGAUGAGGAGAAGGGUGACGCUCACGAAUACGACCCCGGAUUCGACACCUCCGAGCAAGAAGAAAAGCAGCGGGCUGGUGACGAGACUGCUGCUCAGUCAAGAGACGCACCUUCUAGCGAGACUGAAAAGCUGGAGCAGAAGAUGAUGAACCAGACAGACGAGCUGAUCAAGGCGGAAGAGAAUCUCCUCGAGUCUGCUCAUAAGGGUCACAGUCAGGGCAAUGACGAAGAAAAUCGGCGCUCAUCUCUUGCCUCACAAGCUUCUCUGUCUGGCGAGGAGUCUUACCCUGCACCCUUUGGCAGUCGAGCAGAUUCAAAGGAGAUUGCUGCAACUCGCUCGCCGGUCCGUAGCGGCUCUAACACAUACCCUGUUUCUCAAGCGGAUCACUCACAAUAUCUUGCUGGACGGCGAGUAUCAGGCAUCGCACCUGUUGACGAGAUUGGCAUAUCUCCGACGCACCUCGAUCCCAGGCCUAUCGAAAGGCAGAUUCGUUCCUUCAAAGAGGCUGCCAGAAGUCAUGACGCGCUAGCAGAAGCUACAGGCUCAGGCAGUGGGUCUGUCGAGCCCGUCAAGGUGGAGGAAGCAGUUGCGCAGGAGGCUGUGUCGAAGAAAUCGGUGACUUCUCGCACGAAGGAAGACCUUCAAUACAUGCUUGACAUGGACGGAUACAAGAUGACUACUGAUGGUGAAGAUCUGGCCUUUGCAGAAGGGCAUCGCUUGGCCGAUGAGCUCCCCCUCAGUCGGCGUCAUGGUGGUCACGAGAGGCACCCCCAUAUCGGCGAGUAUCUGGAUACUGCUCAUCGUCGGGAAGGGAUCGCUCAUGAUACACACAGAGAUUCGGAAGGGGGACCCUCCUCCUCCUCAGCUGCAGGAGCUGGCAAUGGGCUCGAUCCGCUCAUGAGUCUAGGGACUGACACUCCAACUCUUGCGAGUCAUGGCGCUAAUAACAACCAAGAAGACAUUGAGUUCAGCCGAGAUCUUGCCACUGUCGCCAGGGCCCUCCUUCCUCCAGAUCAUGAGGCCGAUAGCUUAGAUGUCCCGGAAGAGCUACAGAAAAUGAAGAGGCGCGGUCACCGCUCCUCUGGGACAGUACACCAGGACGGAUCUCACAGCGAUACAGAUCUCGACGAUGUCAACGAGGACGGUAAUGCUGUUGCAAGCACUGUCAGUGGCCUUCGUAACAAGAGUCACCUACGCGCCAAGAGCGGGCCAUUUGACUACUCCUUGGGACGGAUGCUGCCUGGCGAUGCCACUCCUCCAGCUCACUAUGAGGAAUCUCCCAAGUCGGGGGCAUGGUCAAUGGAUCGAAGUGGAUCGGCUAUUCCGCGCCACAGAGUCCUCAGCUCUGGCGCAGAAGACGGACUGUCGAACUCCCGCUCUGAAGCUCUUGGCCUCCUGAGGCAGCGGAGCAAUGGACCUCGUUUCCGCGGAUACGAAGGAGAUCCAUAUACUUUCGAACUUGUCCUUGAGGACGGUUGCGAGCGCCACUUUGCAAUGAGUCUCUGCUUCAAAGAGGGCUUCGGCGCGACUUCUUCGCCGUCGCAACAAGGGGACGGCAGCGCUCCUGCAGAGGAGAAUGCGGGGUCCGAAGAGGAUCGUGACGACUUUGAAGAGAAUCGAAUCAGCUUCCAGCGAUUUGUCGAAGACCCGGAUGUGGUCAAUGAUGAGAGGCUCGUCGUCUUGUACAACGACCGGUACCUCACCUGGGAGAAUGCCUCGGCAGUAUUGGCCACGCUCUCCCUCUACCGCAAGACUUUCGCCUCUGCCAAGGCAGCUGAAGAAGAAGCAGUCUUGACGGACGAGCCAGUCCCUUCGCGCGAACAUCGUGCAAGCGUUUGGAGUCGAUGGUGGAACCGCAAUCGGCACCUGGAGGGUGGAGAGGUAGAUCGUGAUCUGAGAGAGUCUAGCGCGCCUCCAGAGGAUCACCCUGCAACGCAGCCGGCGGCCGCAGGUCCUGCUGUGGGUGAAGCGGGUGCUCCGCACUUGGAGAGGACUCAGUCUGACCCCACGUUGCUCAGUGGAGCACAGCAGAAUCAGCCGCCUCGUCCCCACCAGUCCGCCAAGGGAGGCCCGCAGAAGACCUAUGCAAAGACGCUCCGCUUGACUUCUGACCAAUUGAAGAGUCUCAAUCUCAAGAAAGGAGCAAAUAACAUCACCUUUUCGGUGACCUCUUCAUACUCUGGCGUAGCGACUUGUACAGCCAGAAUCUUCCUCUGGGAAUCGAAGCACCACAUCGUCGUGUCGGAUAUCGACGGCACGAUCACAAAGUCGGACGCACUCGGUCACGUCUUUACGAUGAUUGGACGAGACUGGACUCACCUCGGUGUUGCUAAGCUCUACACCGAUAUCGCGAGGAAUGGCUACAGGAUCAUGUAUCUCACGAGUCGAGCUAUUGGUCAGGCUGAUACUACGAGGGACUAUCUGCGAGGCAUCAACCAGAACAACUACCGACUCCCAGACGGACCCGUCAUCAUGUCGCCGGAUCGACUCAUCGCCUCGUUGCACAGAGAGGUCAUCCUGCGUAAGCCAGAGGUCUUCAAGAUGGCCUGCCUGAGAGAUAUCGCUCGUCUCUUCGGUGCCGACCCUCGACAUGCUCAGCCUCAGCCGGGAGGCAAUCUGCCUGGAGUCACAACGGAAGCCCUCAAGGAUGCUGCUCGCAAGGAGGUUGAGCCUACGUCAUCGUCAGGCAGUGUUACCGCUGCCAAUACCUCUUCAGCCAACCCUACGCCCUUCUACGCUGGCUUCGGCAACAGAAUCACCGACGCUCUGAGUUAUCGUAGUGUCAACAUUCCCUCUUCCCGAAUCUUCACCAUCGACACCAAUGGUGAGGUCAAGAUGGAGCUGUUGGAGCUGGCAGGAUACAAAUCCUCCUACAUCCACAUGACGGAUCUUGUCGACCAGAUGUUCCCACCGAUCACCCAGCGCAGUUCUGUACGAAAUGCAGGCAAGCCCGAGUUUAGCGACUUCAACUACUGGCGACCCUCCGUAGGCGAGUUUGAGUUGCCGAGCGAUGAGGACCUGAUGCCCACGCCGCCCGUGUCGCCAGCUCUGUCGGCACGGUCAGGGCGCAGUGUCAGGAGUACCGCGAGUGUCCGCAGCGGUGGCGGUGUGGCCGGAAGCUCUUCCACUGCCGAUGCGGAUCCACAGCAGUCACAGGGUCGUCUAAGCCGCUUCGGCCUGGGGAGCUUGGGCUUGAGCAGGAAGGGUUCCAUCCAGACAAUUGCCGAGCCUGCCUCUUCAGAUGCCAGCAGCAAGAAGUCUUCCGACGGUGCUGCCGGACCUGCUGGGAUGAUCGAAAGCGCCUCUGCGCCCGAUCUGCAGAACCCAGAACGUUCCGCCUCGAACACCUUGACCGACUCGGCUGAGGGCGAUGGAAGCGCUGGCGGGAACAGGUGGAUCUCCUCUCCGUGGAGAAGACGCGCCGCCUCUCCCGGCGCCGUGGGUGGAUCCGUCAUGGGCACUGCCGCGGGGAUGAGUUCUCCACCGCAGGCCACCAGUCCUCUCGUGGGACCGGUGAUUACGGCAGAUGAUCCGGACACGGAUGAAGAGGAAGACGACGACGACGAGGAGGAGUCGGGAGAAGAGUACGAGGAGUACGAGGAGAAUGACGAUGUCAGCUCCUUUGGCAGUCAAGACGAGGGCGGAUCGCAGUCAGGGUCAGGGUCUGGAUCCGGAUCUGGCUCGGAAGAUGAGGAGGACGAGCCAGGGGCAGCGGGAGCAGCGUCGGGGGCGGAAGGGUCUGGUGAGAGUAGCGGUGCCCGACGGGCUACGAGGGGCAGACGCGGCCGGAGUGCAGGAGCUGGGGGACAGGCAGGGGAUGCUUCGGCACAAGGAGGACGAGGCGAACCGAUGGAGUCGCCGCUAGAAGAUGAUGAGCUGCUCGCUACGGGCGAGGUGCAAUUCGACUGGCGAGGCUGAGGGAAGCGUCACUGCUGUCUGUUUCUUCCCACGAGGGAAUUCGCUGCAAUCUACUUUAUGCAAAACGAGU